UUUCAAAAUAUCGGCCAUAGCUCUCUCCUCCCACGACGAAAAGGAGAAACUCAGGGGAGAUUAGGGCGACUGCUGUAAUCGGGCCAGAAAACGGUAAUUCAGACUGUAGAUAUGGGGCCCCUAAAGAGCUGCCGAACAUGGGAGGAAUGGAUAUAAAUGGUAACACUGCAUCAUGCAAGACCCCGAUAUCAAUUUAAAACGGAGGAAGCAAAUUGCCCUGAACUUGGCAGCCGCAUUCGCCGGUGGUGCAUAUUAUAUGACGUACAUGGGAAAGAAGGUCCGCCAGACCCCAGCCCAUAGUGGCGCUACCUAUGUGGAGGAGAUCCUUCAAGGUCAUCCAACACGUUUCCGUGAGGUUUGCCGCAUGGAGCUGCCCGCCUUCAAAAAGCUUUGUGACAUUCUUCGACGGAAACGUCUCCUACAAAAUACCGCCGGCGUCAAUGUUGAAGAGCAACUGGCAAUGUUUCUAUUCACCGUUGGCCACAAUGCAAGCAAUCGCCAAGUCCAGAAGCGGUUCCAUCACUCGGGAGAAACUGUCAGUCGUCAUUUCAACAACACGCUUAAUGCAUUAACCCAUCUCUCAGCUCGUUAUAUCUGUCUUCCUCCGCCGAAUAUCCCUCCUGAAAUACAUGAUCAACCCGAUUUCUUCCCUUACUUCAAGGACUGCAUUGGAGCUAUCGAUGGCACAUGCAUUCUUUCACAAAAUGUGAUGGCUGCUUGCUCAUUUGAUUCACGAUUUACAUACGUCCUUGCUGGCUGGGAGGAUUCCAUCGAGGAUUCGACAGUUUUGGAAGCAGCAUUAAGUACAGACUUCCAAGUCCCAGAAGGUAAAUACUACUUGGUUGAUGCGGAUUAUGGCAAUUCUCCGGGAUUCAUUUCUCCAUAUCCAGGCAUACGCUACCACCAAAAGGACUUUGCGCAUGGACAACCAGGUCCACGGAAUGAAAGGGAGAUCUUUAACUAUCGUCAUUCAUCUCUACAGAAUUCAAUCGAGCGGGCAUUCAGUGUCUUGAAGAAACGAUUCCAAAUAUUAACCGCAGCGACUUCCUAUCCGAUCGAUUCCCAAGUCAAAUUAGUCCUUGCCAUGUGCACUUUGCACAAUUACAUCCACACUGUGGCCGGUGGUGAAGAUUGGCUUUAUGUGGAAUAUGACUCUGAGAACCAAUAUCCACCUGCCGAAGAGGAGGACAAAGAGGAGGAGGACGAACUCUCAGAAACAGAGGCCUGGGAGGAACCUUAUGCUGUAAGAAGGGCUCCCGCCGAUGUUUUGCGAGAUAAGAUUGCAAGAGAUAUGUGGGUGGAUUAUUGCCGUGAUGAGUGAAAAUAGACUUUGGAUGGCAAGCUUGGGGAUGGAUUUGUGUUGAGAAGAAAUGUGUUUUGUUCGUCUUUGAUUGAUUUUUUUUUCAUUUACAGGUAAUGUGAAAUCAUAGUUUGUCGA